CAAGACCCUCCCAUUCGGAGAUCUGCAGGCUGCAGAGAUGCAUCGGCUGCUUGGCAGGGCAAUUACGAGACAGAUUUUUGUACGCUAAGCCACUGAUAAUAUUGCACACGGUCCUAAAUUAUUCACGCGUGUACACUUCUGUCGUAUAGCCUGUUAACAAUCAUUUUUAUGAUAUGAGAUUAACAUGAGAUAAUCAAACAAUAACCGUGAUGAACAGCGUAGCAGUGGGAUUAUUUCUAAAGGAGAAGCCUCUUUUUUAACAGUGAGGGCUGAAAUAGGUCACUGCCACCCCGUGGGAACAUUAGAGGGAUUAAUAUUGGCGGAUUAUCACUGUGUUAACUGUCAGCCUGCCUGUUGGAGCAGGUGAUUCAUGCAUGUAGGCUAAAAUUUCCACAUGGGCUUUUCCUCCAGCUUGCUUUACGGAAUGUGGCAAACUAAUGUCGUCCUUUGGUUACAUAUGAGCACCAGGUGAAUGGCGUUUAUAUCUUGGAGACCAGGGCGCAGAGGGGCAAGCUAUGCUAUCAGCACACGGGCCCCUUCCUCUGGCGAUGCUCCUCCCCUCUGGUCAGAAAGCCCCUCCCUCUCCAGACAGUCACUCCCCCAGUCUGGCGCUCUGUCCUGGCAAGCUGCGAUCACUGCGGCGAGAAACGCCAGGGUCGACGGCAUCCAGACCAUAAGUACAUCGGACAGCGCUCCAAUAGGCUCGCUGUCUCAGAGGAAGAGGCAGCAGUAUGCCAAGAGCAAGAAGCAGGGAAGUGCCACCAAUAGCAGGCCACCGCGGGCACUCUUUUGCCUCACCCUCAACAACCCCAUACGCAGGGCCUGCAUCAGUCUGGUGGAGUGGAAACCCUUUGAUAUCUUUAUAUUGCUGUCUAUUUUUGCCAACUGCGUGGCCUUAGCUAUUUACAUCCCCUUCCCUGAAGAUGAUUCCAAUUCAACUAAUCACGACCUGGAGACAGUAGAAUAUGCCUUCCUGAUCAUUUUUACUAUCGAGACCUUUCUGAAGAUCAUAGCCUACGGACUGGUAAUGCACCAGAACUCCUAUGUUAGGAACGGAUGGAACAUGCUGGAUUUCAUUAUAGUCAUAGUGGGGCUGUUCAGUGUGGUUCUGGAGCUGAUUACCAAAGAGGGAGAUUCAGGUCAGUCCGGAGGGAAGCCGGGAGGUUUCGAUGUCAAAGCUUUGCGAGCUUUCCGUGUGCUCCGACCGCUCCGGCUCGUCUCAGGAGUGCCCAGUUUACAGGUUGUGCUGAAUUCUAUUAUUAAAGCCAUGGUUCCUUUACUGCACAUUGCUCUGCUCGUGCUCUUUGUCAUCAUCAUCUACGCCAUCAUUGGCCUGGAGCUCUUCAUCGGGAAGAUGCAUGCCACAUGUUACAUGAACGGCACACGUACAUUAGCAGAGGAAGACUCUAGCCCCUGCACUCUGUCAGGUCACGGACGCCACUGUACCGUUAACGGCAGCACCUGUAAAGACGGCUGGCAGGGGCCCAACAACGGCAUCACCAACUUUGACAACUUCCUGUUCGCAAUGCUGACUGUGUUCCAGUGCAUCACCAUGGAGGGCUGGACGGAAGUGCUGUACUGGAUGAACGAUGCCAUGGGUUAUGAGCUGCCAUGGGUGUACUUCGUCAGUCUGGUCAUCUUUGGUUCCUUCUUUGUCCUCAAUCUCGUUUUGGGUGUUCUUAGUGGAGAGUUCUCUAAGGAGCGUGAGAAAGCUAAGGCACGUGGAGAUUUCCAGAAGUUGCGGGAGAAGCAGCAGCUGGAGGAGGAUCUGAAAGGCUAUCUGGACUGGAUCACUCAGGCUGAGGAUAUUGACCCGGAAAAUGACGAGGAAGGAGACCAAGAGGGAAAACGCAACCGGGUGACGAUGGCCGAUCUCACCCAGGAGAAGAAGGCAGGGAAGUCUGGCUGGUUCAGUCAGUCCACAGAGACUCAGGCGAGUAUGCCAACCAGUGAGGCCGAGUCUGUUAACACAGACAGUCCAAACGGAGAUGACGACAAGAUCUGCUGUUGUGGACCCGUCUGUCAAAAAAUUACUAAGUCAAAGUUCAGGUCAGUAAACAACCGUAGCUGGCGACGCUGGAACAGGUUCUAUCGCAGGAAGUGCAGAGCGGCAGUGAAAUCUACCGCUUUCUAUUGGCUGGUGAUCGUCCUGGUGUUCCUGAACACUCUCACCAUAUCGUCUGAACACUACAAACAGCCUGUCUGGCUCACUGAAGUACAAGAUGUAGCCAACAAGGUGUUGCUGGCCAUGUUCACUUGCGAGAUGCUGAUUAAGAUGUACAGCCUGGGCCUUCAGGCGUACUUUGUGUCCCUGUUUAACCGCUUCGACUGUUUUGUGGUGUGCGGCGGCAUUGUGGAGACCAUCCUUGUAGAGCUCGAGAUCAUGUCGCCUCUCGGCAUCUCUGUGUUCCGCUGCGUCCGUCUGCUCCGCAUCUUUAAAGUCACCCGUCACUGGGCAUCUCUAAGUAACUUAGUUGCCUCUCUGCUGAACUCCAUGAAGUCCAUUGCCUCUUUGUUACUACUGCUCUUCCUCUUCAUCAUCAUCUUCAGUCUGCUGGGCAUGCAGCUCUUUGGUGGCAAAUUCAACUUUGAUGAAACAGUGACCAAAAGAAGCACAUUUGACAACUUUCCUCAGGCCUUGCUUACUGUCUUUCAGAUCCUGACAGGUGAGGACUGGAACGCUGUGAUGUAUGAUGGGAUCAUGGCAUAUGGAGGACCUUCCUCUUCAGGCAUGAUGGUGUGCAUCUACUUCAUCAUUCUUUUCAUCUGUGGAAACUAUAUCCUACUGAAUGUAUUCUUGGCCAUUGCGGUGGACAACCUGGCUGAUGCAGAGAGCCUGAACUCGGCACAGAAAGAGCAAGAGGAGGAGAACAGGAGGAAGAAGAGAGCCAGGAAAAGCAGCGUGGACAAGAAAGAAGAGGAUAAAGGAGCUGAAGAUGAAGAAACGAAGGGUGCAUUACAGGAGGACACAGCAGAUGAUGAAAGAGAGGCAGUGAAUUCUACAGAUGUGGAGGAUGACACAGAUGUUCCAUCAGAACCUCGUCCUCCGAAGCUGUCCGAAUUUACCCUCAAGGAGAAGAUUCCACCUAUUCCAGAGGGCAGCGCUUUCUUCAUCUUCAGCCACACAAAUCCGUUCCGUAUGGGCUGCUAUCGUCUGAUCAACCACCAGGUCUUCACCAACAUUACUCUCGUAUUCAUCAUGCUUAGCUCCUUCUCGCUGGCAGCCGAGGACCCCAUUCGGAACCUCUCAGCUCGGAACAUCAUUCUUGGUUAUUUUGACUAUGCCUUCACAGCUAUCUUUACAGUAGAGAUCCUACUGAAGGUCCUAGGCUAUGCUGAUUAUGUCUUCACUAGUAUAUUUACCUUUGAGAUCAUUUUAAAGAUGACGGCCUACGGCGCAUUUCUGCACAAAGGAGCGUUCUGCAGAAACUACUUCAACCUGCUGGAUUUGCUAGUUGUUGGAGUCUCUUUGGUGUCCUUUGGCAUACAGUCCUCUGCCAUUUCCGUAGUAAAGAUUCUGAGAGUACUGCGAGUGCUUCGUCCACUUCGAGCCAUCAACAGGGCCAAAGGACUGAAACAUGUGGUGCAGUGCGUGUUUGUGGCCAUCAGAACCAUCGGGAACAUCAUGAUCGUCACCACUCUGCUACAGUUCAUGUUCGCCUGCAUCGGGGUGCAGCUCUUCAAGGGGAAGUUUUACCGCUGUACAGAUGAAGCCAAGCUGAAUAAAGAAGAAUGCCAGGGGACAUUCAUACUCUAUAAUAUUGGUGAUAAUGCAUCGCCACAAGUGCGGGAGAGGAAGUGGUACAACAGCGAAUUCAACUUUGACAACGUCCUGAAUGCUAUGAUGGCUCUCUUCACUGUGUCAACCUUUGAGGGCUGGCCAGCUCUCUUAUACAAGGCUAUAGACUCCAACCGAGAAAACAUGGGGCCGAUCUACAACUACCGCAUCGAGGUCUCCAUUUUCUUUAUUAUCUACAUCAUCAUCAUCGCCUUCUUCAUGAUGAACAUCUUUGUGGGUUUCGUCAUUGUCACCUUCCAGGAGCAAGGAGAGAAGGAGUACAAGAACUGUGAGCUGGACAAAAACCAGCGUCAGUGUGUGGAGUACGCUUUAAAAGCUCGUCCACUGCGGAGAUAUAUUCCAAAGAACCAUUACCAAUAUAAGUUCUGGUAUGUGGUCAAUUCCACUGGUUUCGAAUACAUCAUGUUCAUUCUCAUCAUCCUCAACACGCUCUGUCUGGCUGUUCAGCAUCAUGGCCAGUCUCAUCGCUUUAAUUAUGCUAUGGACAUUCUCAACAUGAUGUUCACGGGAGUCUUCACAGUGGAAAUGAUUCUUAAACUCAUCGCCUUCAAACCCAGGGGUUAUUUUGGCGAUGCCUGGAAUGUGUUUGAUGCCCUGGUCGUGAUUGGCAGCGUAGUACACAUCAUUCUGAGUCAGCACUAUUUUACCGAUGCAUGGAACACGUUUGAUGCCUUAAUUGUUGUUGGUAGCGUCGUUGACAUUGCAAUCACAGAGAUCAAUCAUACCGAAGCUCCAGUAGUGGCAGUGGAGCGAGGGAACACAGAGGAUAGCGGACGAAUUUCAAUCACAUUCUUUCGUCUGUUUCGAGUCAUGCGUUUGGUCAAGCUGCUGAGCAGAGGAGAGGGCAUUCGGACACUGCUCUGGACUUUCAUCAAGUCAUUUCAGGCUCUGCCGUAUGUCGCUUUGCUGAUAGCCAUGCUCUUCUUCAUCUACGCAGUAAUCGGGAUGCAGGUAUUCGGGAAGAUCGCGAUGGUGGACGGCACUCACAUUAAUCGCAACAACAACUUCCAGACUUUUCCACAAGCUGUACUCCUGCUGUUUAGGUGUGCUACAGGAGAAGCUUGGCAGGAGAUCAUGCUUGCAUGUCUGCCUGGUCAACUGUGUGACGCUGAAUCCGAGAUCACCCCUGGAGAAGAGAAGUCAUGUGGCAGUAGUUUUGCAAUCAUCUACUUCAUCAGCUUCUACAUGCUCUGUGCUUUUCUGAUCAUCAAUUUGUUUGUGGCUGUCAUUAUGGACAAUUUUGACUAUCUGACACGCGACUGGUCAAUCCUUGGGCCGCAUCACUUGGACGAAUUCAAGCGGAUUUGGUCUGAAUAUGACCCAGAGGCAAAAGGCAGGAUUAAACACUUGGAUGUUGUGACAUUAUUGCGUAGAAUUCAGCCACCCCUGGGCUUUGGUAAACUCUGUCCCCACAGGGUGGCAUGUAAGAGGCUGGUUGCCAUGAACAUGCCUCUAAACAGUGAUGGGACUGUCAUGUUUAAUGCCACCCUUUUUGCUCUGGUCCGAACAGCUCUGAAGAUCAAAACUGAAGGAAAUUUGGAACAGGCCAACGAGGAACUGCGGGAUGUUAUCAAGAAGAUCUGGAAGAGAACUAGUUCAAAACUCCUGGAUCAAGUGGUUCCACCUGCAGGAGAUGAUGAGGUGACUGUGGGGAAGUUCUACGCCACUUUCCUGAUACAGGACUACUUUAGAAAAUUCAAAAAACGCAAAGAGCUAGGUCUUGUGGGACGACACCCUCCAAGUCAUAACACCUCCAUUGCGCUACAGGCUGGUCUACGGACGCUGCACGACAUUGGCCCUGAGAUUAGGAGAGCUAUAUCAUGUGACCUACAAGAUGAAGACCUGGUAGACUUUAACCCUGAUGAAGAAGAAGACAUAUACAGGAGAAAUGGUGGCCUCUUCGGAAACCACGUCAAUCAUGUAAACGGGGAUCACAGAGGCUCUUCCACGUCCACUAAUGUCACCCAGCGACCCCUUCAUGUCCCACCCAUUCCCUUUUAUGUGCAGGUUGAGCCCCCUCCACAGCCCCUUUAUGCCCAAAAUCGCCCGUAUUCAAACCCCAACCUGUACUUCAAGUCCCCUAAGUCCUCAAACUCCAACCUCAACAAUGCCAAUGUGCCAUGCAUGCCUGUCCUGACCAACGGAGGGCACUACUGCCCUCCCACAGAUCGGCCCGCCAGAAGCCGGGUGUCUUCCCUGGGUUCCUACCUCAACCUCAGGAGUGAUGCAGAAUCACAGCGAAAGUCUCAUUUUAAGAGACCACGAUACUAUGAGACCUAUAUUAGGUCAGACUCAACAGCUGGUUUUUACCCCACUAUCUGCCGACAAGCCUCUGUACACAGUGAUGUCAGCGAUGAUGACAAAGCUUCAGUGGAGUAUUACAGUGGGGAGGAAUUUCAGGAGGAUGACCUCAUGCUUGCUGGAGACAGGAGGUCAUAUAGAGAGUAUCAGGACACGGUAAGCAGUUUGGAGUCGAACCCUCCUCAUGACAACCAAGACCCUGAGUGUUUCAAUGAUGACGAUGAGCAGCCCAUUUGCCAGGAACCUAAGAAAUCCCCCAUGAGAAGACUUCUGCCUUAUACACCUCAGGCUCCUCGUAGACCUUCCUUCAACUUUGAGUGUCUGUGCAGACAAAGAAGCCAGGAUGAGUCUCCUCAUUCUCCCUCCUUUCAUCAGCACACUGCUCUACCUCUGCAACUGAUGCAGCAUCAGGUGAUGGCUGUAGCUGGCCUAGACUCCAGCCGAGCACGACUCUCUCCUACAUGCUCGAUCCACUCAUGGUCCACGCCCCCGGACACGCCCCCAUCCUACACCCCUCUCAUCCAGGUGGACUGGCAUGGAGCUCCACCCAGUGCCAGCAGCACACCAGCAUUGGCUCGUCGCAGCUCCUGGUACACCCAGAAGGGCCAUGAUUGGUCACCCAAAUCGGUCACACCCACUUCCUCCCUCUUACAGAUUCCACCCGCCUACAGCAGUCAGUAUCUGCAGCAGAGAGGCAGCGCUCAUAGUCUGGUGGAGGCAGUGUUGAUAUCGGAGGGGCUGGGAAAAUAUGCAAAGGACCCAAAUUUUGUGGCAGCAGCCAAAAAUGAGAUUGCAGAUGCAUGUGAGAUGACUAUUGAUGAAAUGGAAAGCGCAGCUAGCAACUUGCUAAAUGGAAGUCUGGGAAAUUGCAUGGGAUCAGAUAGCACCGGCACGACCCAGAGCAUCAUGGGCCACAGUCUCCACAACUACAGCGAUGAGGAGACCGAGACAAACAGUAAAUACGAGGAGGACCUUACAGACGAAAUUAUAUGCAUCUCAAAUUUAUAGCAUUUGCUAAAAAAAAAAAAAAAAAAAAAAAAAAAAGAACAAACAGAUGAAAGGAGAAAUAGUGCCUUUUAGGGGAGUGGAGACACACAACUCUCUGGGCCGAUUAACCAAGCAAAAUUUUAUCCCAUUCAACAACUGUCACCUAACUGGGACAUGGGCUUGCUGCAGAAAAAAUUAGACACAAGAAAUGUGAGCUCUCAACUGUUUGUAUGUGUGUGUGUGUGUGUGCAUGUGUGUGUUUCUCAACAGCUUUUUACAAGAAUAUUUUUCCACAUUCGUUACAUAUCAACCAAAAAUAAUCUAUUUGCGGUCAUAUCCCUCUCCAUUGCCUUACCCACAUACAGAAAAGCUAGUAAUUAGCUUCAAUACACUGCCAUUCAUCGUCCAUUCAUUGUCACUCAAACUUGAAAAACACACCUUUACUGCAUAUACAUAAAAGGAGAAUCUGAGAAUACAGCAUCCCAACUAGGCAAGUUUCUCCCUGUAAUUCUGCAUUAUAUAAUAGAAUAAAGAAACCAAAUAUUUUAGCACAGUUAUAUUACACCCAAAACUAAAAGUAUUUAUGAAGAUUUGGGCCAGUGAGAAAGCAAAAUGCACACGAUAUACAGAAGAUCCACUCUAUCCUUCUAAUAUGAAACCUUUUAAAAAUCGAUGUGCGCACAACCUGAAGUCAGCAUAAAUCUGCACAAAGUAUUAUUCUCAGCAAAGUUCUUUUAGUUCGUUUAUGAAUAUUAGAGAAGCCCCGCUGUAUACAUAUAAUAAUAAGGUCAGAUUAGAAGGUGUGUUUCUGUGCAUAUUGUGUGCAUAAUAAGUACGUGAAUAGAGUUAGGCGUUACCAAAUGCUGCUUAACAAAAGCCAUUUUCUACCACUGAGUGACAUUCAAAUGCCAUUUAUGUUCACAAACAUGUUUAUGUAGUAUAGGCCAUGUUUUCAUGCUUUAGACUUUUUAAGAUUCCGUUUUAUUUUUGCAUGGUUUUGAAGAACGUGUGUGAAAGCUCCUGCUGUCCUCAUCACACACUCCUACUCCUCAGGUGACCAGUCAUGUGAAGUUACUACCUACACACAUCUGCACUACCCAAGAGCUGCUAACUCCACACUGCACCUCUGCUACCUCUACCAGUCAGGCUCUAGUGUAAUGUCAGCAUGUUCCCUUUGGGACCAAAGACAAUGGGAUGGGGAGUAAAAUUGGUUAUUACCCUUUUUUUUUUUAAAUUUUUUUUUUUUUUUUUGUCAAAAUCACCUGUCACAACAGCUGCAUGAGUGUACCAUACAUAACAUCAUUUUUUGAGCUGCUGUCUGAUCAGGCUGUCCAAACAAACAGGGUUCAUCAUUUACACAAAACUGAAAAUAAAUCAAUAUACAAAUUAUUUAUUUAUAUAUGAGAAUAAAUGAAUUAAACCAAGAAUAAAUGAAAGUUUUAGUGUGAGCUAGCUAGAAUGUUCUUAUUAGCAUAACAUUAAACAGUGUCUAUUAAUCUUUCUUAAGGUUAAGUGUAAACAGCUGGAUACACACAGUGGUGUGACCACAGACUGUUUCUGCCUCCGUGUCAGUUGUAAAUGUCACUUGGACAGCUCAAAUCCUUCACAGAGAGUUAUCUAAUAGCUCAACCCAAAUAGCAUUUUGAGACUUUAAACAGUUCUCAACACUCCAGUUAAUGCCAUCCAAUCCAGUGAUCGUUUCCUAAAUGAAUAACAGGAUACAAUACAGUUUCAGCUAAUUGCGAACCUAUUGAAUGUGUCCAGUUAUUUAAAGCCACAUUCUGAUUUACCUCCCCUAACUGCCAGGAGCAAGGAGAAUUACCUGGACACAUUCUGGACAUGCUAUCCUGCAUUUGCAAUAGAUAUCACUGACAUACGGCCAUAUUCCCCUUGUAUAUUUGAUCUACCAUUUGUACAUCAUAUAGAGUCAUAAAGGUUUUCUGUCCUUUAAAGUUGGACAGGAAUUGGUUUUCCCUUCUUACAAUGGACCCCUUGUUCUCUCCAAUUGGGCUGUACUACCACAUGCUUUAGCCUAAGGAGCCAUGCUACAAGCCUCAAAUUUUGCAGCCAGUGUCUGAAUUGUUGGGAAGCCAAAGACUGGUACCAGCUAUGUGCUCACUGUGUCACAGUGCACUUGACUGGACCAUACAGUUCAACCGUAGGCCAAGAAGCUGGGACCUUCAAUGCUGGAAUGCAAAAAUCUAAUUCGAAUUGGUGAUGGCCGAGAUGGAUAGGAUAGUGCUAGGCAACCCUGCAAGAUCUUGUGCACCCUUUUGCACAACACUGGCCACUAUGCCACAGUGCAACGAUUUAGUUGCAAUUUAAGGAGGGAUUUGGACAGAUAAGUCAAAUAAUAACAACAGUAACCUGUUGCUGAUGUCUGUAUGCCUGCACAAACGACUACAUGCAGAGAACCUCUGCCAUAUGUAGGUGCGCUGAUGACAUACAGUACAUUGCAUCACUUGUGGCAUGCACUGGCAUUACAGUGUACAGAAAUGGAUCCCUCAGAGAGGGUUAGGCUGGGACGUCCAGGCCAAGAUAUUGGACUAAUCUAGAAAGGCUUCAGUUAUAUUUAACACAAGCAUAGGACUGAGUAGGAUUACAAAAUCAUGGUCAAAUGUGCAGUCACCACAUCCUGGCUCUGUACAUCACCCACAAGGGUUCUAUCAGCCUUAUACAAACCUAAGGCAGAUCGUGUCCUCAGGCCCAAAGCAGGUGUCUGAGUGCCUCCCAUCCAUGUUGGUGGUCUGGCCCUAAACAGAUACCUUCCCUACAAAAGCAUCCACAAGUGUUGGUGGUGGCAGGGACAAUUUACAGGCAGAAGCAUUGUUUAUUGGGCAGUGCAAGCACAACAGACCAGCAUUGCAAGGGGUGAAUGCAAACUGCAGCUCUCCGACUGACCAAGAUAUUACUGUCAUGACACAGCACAUUAACCACGGACCCCAAAAAUGUUAACGUACUGACCCAAGAACCUUUCUCUCAGGAAAGAGGCAGGACUAAAAAAUCCUGCUGUUCAAGACGAUGGGAUUUACUUAGGAACCAACUUGUGGUUUUCAACAAAUCUGCUAAGGUUGCCAAACAUGCUCUACAAACUACAGGACAGGCUCACAUUGCUGGACAUGUUUAUUUACAUGUUUACAUGUGUGAAGUUUAUUUAACUGCUGCAGAACACAAGUGCUUUUUAAGGUUUGCCUUCUUAGAACACAGGCCUUGUAUGCCCUAAGCAAUCUUUUCCAGUAACCAUAUAGACUGCAUCUCUUGUGUUACCUGUAUGCUGACUAUUCUUCAGACACAGCAAGAAGAACCCAAGUUUUAUAUGACUGCCACCUCACCUUUAGGACCAUCUUUAUGUAACUAUGCAAGAUGCCAAACUAAAGUGUGCAUUUUUGCUAACAACCACUGCCUUGUUGUUAAUGAUCACUGCAGCAAAAAAGUAUGAGGACUGUAUGCACUGUUUAAUUAUUUCACAUUGCAUGCAUCGGGGGCAGAUUAUACCGGGAUUGGGGUUGAAUCCAGAAUUCCUGCAUAAGGUCUUAUCAGGUAACCUGUUGAUUAACUUUGCAGCCUUCCUUGAAGGUGAAUCUACAAAGCCAUCAUUGAUGUGCCUGGUACACUUUAUGGUUCUAUUUAUACUGGAUGGCAGCUAUCCAAUGUUCAGACCAUCUGUUCAUCUGACAUUAAGGACAGAAAUGAGGGGCUGCCUUGUCUAAGCAGAGACCGGCCCACUAGGUGGUGGACACAUCAUUAAGACCUACAGAUGAGUCAGAUGCCCAACCUCAUGAUAUGCCACUCUAAUAGGAGUGUAUCCUCCUCUUGGGCAGUAUACUUGGAGGGCUUCUCCAGGUUUUCUGUGCUGUUUCCACCUUUCUCCAGGUUCGACAAGGUUAAUGUUAUCCCUCCAGGGAUGCAAGAGUGGUGGUCAUCUGUGAUUAUUUUUCUUAUUAGUCUUAAGGUGAGUCCAAGUCCUUCCUUGUAACACUGUAUCCUAGUGAUUCUCACAACUCCUGGCAGUUACAAGGAUGAAAUGCUAAGUACGUAUGCAAAUAUGGUCCUAUGAACCAUGGAUAACUGCCAUAGUUUAUCAUUAUUCUGAACUGUGUGCCAACAAGAAGAACUAAGUGAGAAAUUUCCAAGGACAAGUGGCAGUAUGAUGGUGGUAUUUAUUAAUUUAUGGCAAAUAUUUUCAUAUGCCACUUAUCAUUAUUCUAAAAAAAAAAAAAAAAGGAUUUGGUAUGCAUGUCUAAACAUUAAUGUAUCCAGGUGAUUCUCACUGCACUUGACUGUUAUCUGGGGUUCAUUAAACUACAGUUACCUAUGUAACUACCAUUAAGAAAACAGUUUCCAGUAUUUUAUUCAGGUUUGGCUUAUAUCAUUUCUUUGUUCUAAACUCUUUGCCAGCCAUAAGGAUGUAAGAAAGCUAUAACAGGUACUUUUGUUUUUUAACCCAUUUUUAAAGGGUAUAAACACCAAGGAUGUUUGCAUUUAACAAAUGAAACCUGACUUAUUGUCUGAGCCAUAGAGCUUUUUUUUCAUAUUUUCACUCUUGCCUAGAGAUAUUUGAAACUAAAAACUGCUUUUUGCACUUUUCAUGCUACUGUACACAAAGACAAUCUUUUAUAAAGCCCAUGUGAUGAAAUGUCAUUUUACAUCACUUUGUUGGUCCAGGGUGUGGACAUAUCAGUUUUGUACUGCACAGUCAGUUUAUAUGCUCCAUUUGAAAAGGCUUGUCAUCUCGUAUUUGACUAAAACUCCAGGGAUUAAUUCUGUUUUAAAAAAAAAAAAAUAUAUAUAUAUAUAUAUAUAUAUAAUGAAUGAGAUGCUGGAAAUACUGAAUCUGUCACUCUGCCAUGGCACACUCACUGAUUCAGUCAUGAAUUGUGUUUGUAUUAUUUUUCUACAUAGCACACACUACAUCUGCAUCACCUGCAUUAGCACGAAUGCUUGAUACCUGCACAAAGCCAAACUGCUCGAAACCACACUUUGAAACACUUGUUUACCAUCAAGGGCUCUGAGAAACAUUUCUGGUAUCACAAUCUGCAAUGUCCUCAGUGAUCUCCUUUCUUAUUUGGAAUUUGGAAAUGUAUGCAUCCAACAGGCUAUACAGAAAUAUGCAUUUGAUGAGAAAACACUGUUUUUAAAGGCAACAUGAUAAGCCAGGACUACUGAAUAUUAGGAGGAUUAUAUAAACUCACUAAACGCUAAAUUUCUAAUGGAACACCAGAGUUCACAUGCAUUCAUUUGUAUGUUCAAAUAUAUAUUCCUUGCCAUUUGCUCAAUUCAUGCCAUUUUAAAUCCUUAAAAUUAGGUAUAGGGCAUUCAAGAUUACACAAGUCAUUUUGCAUUGAAAAUCAAUUUUAUUAGGAAAAAUGUGUCAAAUUAUGUUAAAGACAAUUUGCAAGAGGCAAUGUAAAGGUUUGAAUUAAAACAGUUUAUUUUCAUAUAGUGAUUUUGUGUACAUGACAUUGUACCAUUUGUUCAAUAACUAUUUAUUUAAAGUAUUCUGAGAUCUGCCUGUAGCUCAUUGCCCAGAAUUGCCAGUUUUGUAUCGAUGGACAAUCUGUUUUUGUACAGCUUUUCUCUCUUGUUCUUGGCUUGGAUUAUUUUCUAAUCAAAUAAACUGUUUAAAAAUA